AAUGGGGAAUAUUUUAUAUAUUGUUGUAGGAAGUGACAUAUAUUGUAGUUUAAUAUAUAUUUAACACCAGUUUCAAACAAGUGCAUUUGUACUAUUCUGUAAACUACACUGGUGUGGGCCAAGAACGUAGUCGUUUGUAGGCGGAGUCAGAGUAGACAUCAGAGAGGGGCAAGAGCGUACCGACGUACAGAGAAGGCGCCAUGCGACACUCGCGGAUCUAAGCAUAGUCCAACAAUGUCCUGACGGACUACGACCUCGCCGAGAUGCGGUUCUCGAAACCAUGUAUUCGUGUGUACCGCAGCAUAUGAGGUAAUAACGGAACACGUGUGAUGAAAUUGUUAGGUUUUAAAUCGUGGAGAGCUGAUUUUCCGUUUCAUUCGGUGUGGCGUGGCAGGCAGUGGAUCACUUCCAAACUUAUCAGUAGCGGGGCGCGUGUAAAGGAUUGGAUUUAAAGAGACCGUACUCGUAUUUCACCGCAAACAUGGAGAAGGAAAGUACAGUAGAUUUGGACCGAGACCGACAGUAUUGUGAACUUUGUGGGAACAUGGAAAAUCUUCUCAAGUGCGGCCGGUGCCGGAAUUCCUUCUAUUGCAGUAAGGAGCAUCAGAAACAGCACUGGAAAAAGCAUAAGCUCAUUUGCAAAGAGCCAGACAAACCCCAAGUCUCAAAACAGAAUCCCGAACCUGAACAAUCGUCAGGGGAGGACGGUAAAGAGAGACACGGGAAACCCCAGCUAAAGAACCACACAGAACCUGAGGACAUCGCAUCUCCGGUUGGAGAACGAAUGAAAGGGUUUAUCACGAACGCAGAGGGCCAAGACGGUUCUGACAACAAACAAGAUGGUUCUAAAUCAAAUGGACAAACUCGGUCUUCGCCUCAAAAGCUCGCCAUGGAAUAUAUUGUCCCGUGUAUGACCAAGCAUGGCAUUUGUGUAGUUGACAACUUUCUUGGAGGGGACAUAGGUCUGGGCAUUUUAGAGGACGUGAAAGCUUUGCAUAAAACUGGCAAAUUCACUGACGGACAGUUGGUCAGUCAAAAGAGCGACUCCACUAAAGACAUCCGAGGAGACAAAAUAGCGUGGAUAGAGGGAAGGGAGCCGGGAUGCGAGAAGAUACGUUUUCUAAUGAGUCGCAUGGACGACCUUGUCAGACACUGUAAUGGCAAACUGGGAAACUACACAAUAAAUGGAAGGACAAAAGCGAUGGUGGCAUGUUACCCAGGCAGAGGCACAGGAUACGUGAGGCAUGUGGACAACCCCAACGGCGAUGGGCGAUGCGUCACCUGCAUAUACUACCUUAACAAAGAUUGGGAUGCCAAGGAACACGGAGGCCUUCUCAGGAUAUUUCCGGAAGGCAAAGCCCAGUUCGCCGACAUUGAGCCCAAAUUCGACAGGUUGCUGUUCUUCUGGUCGGACAGACGGAACCCUCACGAGGUCCAGCCUGCCCACACUACCAGGUAUGCCAUCACCGUGUGGUAUUUUGACGCUGAUGAGCGAGCCAGGGCUAAAGAGAAGUAUCUAACAGGGGCCGGAGAGAAAGCUGUGAAGGUGGAGCUCAACAAGCCGUCAGAUGCCAGCUAAUGAGAAGCCAGGGCCCCUCUUACGGCCAUGAAGUGCUCUGCUCUGCCCAGUCUGUGGAGAGAGUGUGCUCUGCCCAGUCUGUGGAGAGAGUGUGCUCUGCCCAGUCUGUGGAGAGAGUGUGCUCUGCCCAGUCUGUGGAGAGAGUGUGCUCUGCCCGUCUGUGGAGAGAGUGUGCUCUGCCCGUCUGUGGAGAGAGUGUGCUCUGCCCAGUCUGUGGAGAGAGUGUGCUCUGCCCGUCUGUGGAGAGAGUGUGCUCUGCUCAGACUGUGGAGAGAGUGUGCUCUGCUCAGACUGAGAGACUGUGUGAACGGAUGGUAAUACAAGGUUAUCGAGAAGGAAAAGCACUUUUCUUUCCAUCGGACAUGGCCUGACCCAGGUGACUGCGAAUGUGAUGUCAUUGUACUUCAGGGACUGUCUGCUCUGUUUUUGGCCUUGUUAGUGAAUAAUACUUGCUUCAAAACUGCAAUUCAGAAAUUACUUCAAAGAGGAAGUAAGACCAGAGAGACUUAACCGGUUAUCUUUUACAAAUUGAUUUUGCUGUUAAUUCCCUAAAGGUACAGUGUUCUGCAUAUUCUUGUCGUGUUAAUGCUUUACAUGGAAUGAGGUGUGGUAAAAUGUGCCUGCGUUUUGAUAACAUGAAGAAGGAUCUGAAUAAAGAAACAAUGACAGUUA